CGCCUGCGCAGCGGCCUCGGCCGUUGUUGUGGAGGGGCCGGUCAAGAUGGCGGCCGGGCAGGGGGGCGGUGGCGGCAACAACGGCACCGGCAGCGGCACCGGCAGCGGGACGGCGCCCGGGAAUGGAGCGGCGGGGCUCGGCAUCCCCGCGCACCUCACUCUCUCCUUCUCGUCCGGGCCGCACUGGGGCGCGGCAGCUCUGCCGCAGUCGCACACGGUGCGCAGCCUGGAGCGGGCCCUGGAGGAGGCGGGCAGCUCGGGCAUCCUGUGCCUGAGCGGGAGGAAGCUGCGCGACUUCCCCGGCAGCGGCUGCGACCUGAGCGACACCACGCAAGCAGAUCUUUCAAAGAACAGAUUUACUGAAAUUCCUCCUGAUGUCUGGCUGUUUGCACCACUGGAAACUUUAAAUUUGUAUCACAACUGCAUCAAAUCCAUUCCAGAAUCUAUUAAAAACCUGCAGAUGCUUACCUACCUUAACAUUAGUCGAAAUCUUUUGUCAACAUUGCCAAAAUACCUGUUUGAUCUUCCACUGAAAGUUCUGGUUGUCAGUAAUAACAAGCUGGUCUCCAUUCCAGAAGAAAUUGGAAAGUUGAGAGAUCUAAUGGAGUUGGAUAUUAGCUGUAAUGAACUUCAAGUUCUUCCCCAGCAAAUAGGAAAAUUGCAGUCACUUAGAGAACUGAACAUAAGAAGAAAUAAUCUCCAUAUGUUGCCAGAUGAAUUAGGAGACCUUCCUUUGGUAAAGCUGGAUUUUUCUUGUAAUAAAAUUACAGAAAUUCCCAUUUGUUACAGAAAGUUACGUCACUUACAAGUUAUAGUUUUGGAUAACAAUCCAAUGCAGAUACCACCAGCACAGAUCUGUUUAAAGGGCAAAGUACAUAUAUUUAAAUUCCUCAGUAUUCAGGCGUGCCUCAGAAUAGAUAAAAAACCAGAUUCUUUGGAUCUGCCAUCAUUAGGUAAACGAAUCCCCUCCCAGCCACUCACAGACAGCAUGGAGGACUUUUAUCCCAAUAAAAACCACGGACCAGACUCUGGCAUUGGAAGUGAUAAUGGGGAUAAAAGGUUGUCCACUACAGAACCAUCUGAUGAUGAUACAAUCAGCCUUCACUCCCAGGUGUCAGAAUCAACCAGGGAACAAACAUUAAGGAGUGACAAUCACGUCAUGGGAAGUAAACUGGACCCACAGAAAGACCAGGAGACGUUUGACUACAUCGAUCCCAGCGCAGAGGAGGGAGCUCUUCCUGAGCAGGGAGAUGCACAGAUUGCCCCCCUGCUUUCCUAUGUCAAGGAACGAGGAAAAAAUCCUGAGAAAUCCCAGAAAAUAGAACAAAAUGAGGAGUGGGGAGAUGAAAAAAGACUUCAGAAAGAACAGCUGCUGGCUGAAGAUGAUGAUGAGCUCAAAGAAGUGACUGACUUGAGAAAAAUAGCAGCUCAGUUGCUGCAGCAAGAACAAAAACACAGGCUUCUUAAUCAUUCAGUUUCAGUAAACACAAGGAACAGGCCCAAGCAGCCAAUGGAAUCUGAAAAAUGUGUCUCAGCAAAUGAAGUGAAUUCCCCAGUGUCCCCGUACAGCUGGCAGCCACUGGAAAACCAGAAGGAUUCAGUGGAUGAGCAGCACUGGCCAGAAACACAGCCAGUAAUCUGGCAGAAUGAAGAAAGAAGGAGAAGUAAACAAAUUAGAAAAGAGUAUUUCAAGUAUAAGUCUUCCAGAAAGAGUUCAAGUGGAAAUGAAAAUGAUGAGCAAGACAGUGAUAAUACUAAUGUGUCCCCACAGUCUCCUGUGUCGUCUGAGGAUUAUGAAAGGACAGACAGUAACACUCAUGGUCCAUUUGGUCUCAAACCGAGGUCAGCUUUCAGCCGUGCCUCACGCCAGGACUAUGGAGCAGUGGAUCCUGGCUUUACCAUGAGGAGGAAAAUGGAACAUUUGAGGGAAGAAAGGGAACAAAUCAGACAGCUCCGCAGUAAUCUUGAGUCCAGGUUGAAGGUAAUUUUGCCAGAUGACAUUGGAGCAGCGUUGAUGGAUGGGGUGGUUCUUUGCCAUUUAGCCAACCACAUAAGGCCACGUUCUGUUGCCAGCAUUCACGUCCCAUCGCCAGCAGUGCCUAAACUCAGCAUGGCAAAGUGCCGAAGAAACGUUGAAAACUUUCUUGAUGCUUGUAAAAAACUGGGUGUUCCACAGGAGAGACUUUGCUUGCCUCAUCACAUUCUGGAGGAGAGGGGUCUGGUGAAGGUUGGCCUCACAGUUCAAGCUCUGCUUGAGUUGCCUGCGUUGAAAGUGUCCCAGCUUUCUUCCAUGUGACACAGCUUCCUUUGCUCUGGGGCACUUCAGCCUCCCACACAGGAACAGCCAAGCCAUCAAAAACUAAAACCUGUCCAGAUGCUGUAGAGAGCCUUACUUUGGAGCUGUGUGUGAAAACCUUGGAGUCAGUUCACAGUUAAAAGAACAUAACCAUGCUCUUUUUAUUUUUUUCUUUUAUAAUUGGAUAUACAAAGAGAAUGUGGCAGCAUCAGGUUCUCUUUCUAGUUAAGUUAAAAGCUGCCAUUUAACAUCUCAGUGUUGGAGUUAAAUGCUGGAUUUCUUUUUUUACAUUGAAAAUGUUGUUUGAGUUACUUUGAAAGUACAAAGCACACCCCCCAUCACUUUAAUUUUUUGAGUCAAUCAUUUGAUUUAAAGAUAAGACAAAAAUGUAGCGAUGCUAUGAUGGUAAAAACGUGAGCAACUGAUCACUUGUAAUCCCCUUUCACCCUCUGAAAGCUUAAUAUUUGAGUUCUUUGUUUUUUGCACUCCUGAUUGUAACUUACGCACUUCUAACGUUGCCAGUAUUGAGUCUGAGUGUCUGGUGAUUACACAGAACAGGAUACAGUGAGAAAAGGACACACUUUAUUGAGUUUUUCCAGUCUUCUAGGUUGGUGCCAAAUAUUUUUUUUCAGUUGUACUGUAGAUUGUUUACCUGUGAAGUGCCUGUGUAAUUGAUAACUCUUAAUAGUCUUAAACAUUUUUGAAAUUUGUUUAAAAUAGAUAAAAUGGAAAUUUUUUAAUAUUUUAAUAGUUUUUUUGUAAAAUCAGUAUGUGAAGAUUUAAGUAAUACUUCACAUUUUUGAUGUUGGGUGUUUUAAGUUUGUUGCACAAUUUAAUUGGUUAUUUGUUGUCUGAUAAUUAGAAAAUACUGUAAAUACUUUUUAUUUAUGAUAUUUAAUUUGAUAAUACCUAAUUACUUUUGGUUUAAUGUAUUGUUGGACAAAAACAACUACUUUUGUCUACUUUUCUUUGUUUGGGACAAACAAAUACACAUGAUGAAUAAGACAUGAGGACUAGUGAUUCAUACAGAGUAAUUUAGGACAUUUUGAUAAAACUGCCAAAAUCUCAGGUUUACGCUGUGAUGUUCAGGAUUUUGUGUAAUUGCUCCUGAUCUCACAAUACAUUUUUACAACAGGUAUAUCCAUAAUUUAGCUGGGGAGUAUCAGUGUUUAUCUUUUUGGUGUUUGCAGGGUUUAUUGUGUAAUUUCCAUGAGUGUGGCAUUAGCACACAGGUCAGGUUGUACAGAGGUCACUGUGCUGAGACAUUCGAUCGAUUGAGAAAUGGGGAAAUGAAAUAUUUCCACUGUGGUGGUUUUUUGAAACUCCUGAGUUCAUGUAUUUGUUUGCUUCUGCACAAAUUCUUGAUGUUUUGAGAAAACCAUACACAGUUGAGUUAUUCUCUAAACAAGCUGCAAAUAACUUCGUAGUUUUGGUAGUAGAUCUGUUUGUAUUAGUUUGUUCUUUGUGAAUAGGUAGCUCAAUUAAAAAAAAAGUUUUUACUGCCACAGAUUUUCUAUUUCAGGCUAAGUUAUUUUCAGUUGAGGGAUAUGUUUGCCAAGCAUGUGACAAGAUUUGAUUCUGUUCUUUCCAAUUGAUCAAGACCCCUUGUAAGAUAAUUCUUAAAAGAAUGAGGGAGGAGUGUCUAUUCCUUCUACCAUAGUCCUUAUAGGCAAUAGCUGACAGGAAAAAAUAACCUUUUUCUGUUGAUAAGUUUAAAAAUACCAUUUAUUUUUAAAUGCGUUGGAAUAAGUUAGUGUACAUGUAAUAGUUAAAAUCCAUUAUUGUUCAUAUAGUGUUGUCUUAAACCACAGCUUAUGAAGAGGCUGGUGUAUAAAUUAAUUUGCAAAGUCCUAGAUAAAAAUCUUAGGUUAGAGAAAUAUGUGUUUAAGGUAACUGGACUGCUUUGACAUUUGAAAUAUCGUAUUUCAAAUCGAUCUCUAAUUGGUUCCUGUAUCUCUUCUUAAGGGUUAUUUUAACAACUUCAGUCUCUGCUUUCAUUAAAGGCACUAUCUGCAAAGUCAUGCAAAAACUAAUGAAAAAGUUAUAAUUCACUAAGCAAAAUGCUUGCCUGCUCCAUUUAAAAAACCCAGCCCCUCAAAGAGAAAAAGUCCUUGUCCUUCAUUUCACUGUCGUUCUACCAGAGCAAAGUUCUAGUUCAGCAUUAGCCAUGGAAGUAUUAACUAGAAAUUGUCACUUUGAGUUAUCUAAAAACUAAACUCCACUGCUGUUUCAUUGUCAUAUUUAAAAACAUUUUCUGAUCUGAAGGUAACAUUUUUCGUUCUUGAACUGAUUUUAUUAAGUUACAUCACAGUUCAGUUAAAUUAUAAAGUGUAAACAUUAAGAGUUCCCUUGAUGUAGUAUGGUAGGUGCUCACUUCUUAGGGGUUUUCCAAACUCCUGAGUAAGUUGAAAACGAGAUCUGAAACUUAUGUACUCAUUUUAAACUGAAAACUAUUAAAACAACUUCUUUUUAAUUUUCUCUUUUAGUACUCUGCAGUUCUUCCCUGCAGACUUGCUAGCAGCAGUCUUGCUUUGCCAUUCCUUGGAAAUUACAAUGGCUUCUUGCUUAUGGGGAAGGAUAAUCAAGAUUCUUCCAAGGCUUCCCUUUUAGCAAAGAUUAAAGCCUUCAAGUACCCUUAGGAGCAGUCUGAGAAAAGAUCCACUUUGCUUGGGUGAAUCUUUUCCUCAUCUCUAACUGCUUUUACAAAUAAUAAUAAUAAUCUAAAGCCUUGCUAACAUUGGCUUGUACCCAUUGUGAUUUCCUUAAGAACAAUUUCAAAAAUUAUGCUAAAAAGAUUUGAUUUUUAAGUUUUCAUUUCCACGUAGCCUGUGAAAUAGUUGUGUCUUCUCUGUACAAGAAUUUGCAUACUCCACUUCUUUCUCCCUUUCCUUUUGAUUCUCAGCAUUUUACUGAUUUUUGUUCAUUCUCAGAUCUGGUGCAUUCAUGUUAUUGGUUACUCUGGGCCACUUUAUUCCUUCCUCUUUAAUUUUUUUAAGGAGUUGUUCCAGUGGCAGUGGUGAACUCCCUUGAUUCCAGAAUCCUUGCUGCAAACAUUUCCAGUGUUUGAGAUUCCCAUUUUCCAUUUUGUUUAGGAUGUGAUGCCAUUACACAGUACUUGAUACAGCUGAUAGGGUAGUUAAAAACAGAGGCUGCUCAGUUCCUGCUGCACUUGUUCUGUUUUCACUUACAACAUGAAGAAAAGUCAACAUUAAAAGCUUUGGGAAGGUGCUUUAAGUUUUCCUAAUAAACUUUGCAAUAAUAUGGUGUGAACUGUAAAUUACAGAGUGGAUCAGCAUAGUGGCAGGGCCUCUGGCCUUGUGCACUUUUUGUGUUUUAUGUCACACAUGACUGAUCUUUCCCUUGAGCAAUAAUGUCCCAGAUAUGGUGAGGUCUUACAGCAGUGACAGUAAAAUCAUCCUUGUGAGGUGUGGUGUCUUCCCAGAGAGUGUCUCAGAAAUGCUUUAAAUCUGCAGCACUGCUGGGGAUGCAGAAACUACCCAGACCUGCAUCUUCCAAAAUCAGCCAACAACUAUGAGCAUAAAAUAGAGAGGAAUGGAUUUGAAACAAUAAACCACUGACACAAAUCAUAAGAUUUAAAAAGAAACAGAGCAACAAAAAAACCACUAGGCUUUACUGAAGUCAAGGCAGCUUUUACCCUUGUCUUCAGUAGAUUCUCACCUUUUUGAUUUGUGGAAUGCCUGAGCUGGAGACCGUGGCAAACGUGGCUUAAACUUGUUUGACACUAGCAAACUUUAGAGUGAGACUCUUGACUGAAGUAGUCACCUCUGGUAAAUCAAAUGUUAUAAAAUGUUACGUGGAUUCAUUUAGUAAAACUUUUCUGAUAAGCCAAACCAGUGUUUAGAUGGUAGGAAAAUUUAGGUUGAAGUGAGGUGGGAAGGUGUGUUACCUCAAUAAAAUUGUAGGUGAGGACAAUUAGGUUUUUAUUGCACUAAAAACUUUAUUUCAAAUACCAUUUCAUUUAGUGGCAGUUUCCUCAGAUUUUGACGUAAAUCUGUAGCCAAAUCCAAACAAAAAUGAGGACAUCUAUUUUCACUAAAUGGAACUUCAUGUGUCAUGUUGGCACUGAAGAGAAGGACAAAGUUCUGGCACUUCUUCCUUUUGCUAAUUUCUUAAAUGUUUAUUUGAAAGGCAUUUUCAUUUCAUUUUUUCAUUUCAAAUGAAAGCAACCUGUGGGAGUUUUUAGCACUUCUGCAGAUAGGAGAUGUGGUUUGGUAUUGGCAAAUCAAAUUUCACUUUUCCCUCACCAAGUCAAGCUGUGUUUCUGUUAGAGGAUCUCUGCUCGAAAAGCAAAAGCCAAUACACCCCAACACACACAAAUUUGGAAUUUAAACAAUGUUGUUAAGCAAUGGGAAAGGCAAAGUAGAGUUGUCCAAGCAGAGAGUGCAAACAGUAUUGCUGGGUUCACUUACAGACAGAGGGAAAGGUGAACUGUCCAUUCUUAAUGGGCAAUGUUAUGGUACACAUUUGUUUUGUAAAAUAUGAAGAUAAUUUUCUCUUUUCCUGUGAAGAAAACUUGUGCUGAUCUUCACUGCUUCAAUAGUGAAUAUAUGUGAUUAAUUACAUUUUAGUUUAAACUUGCCACUGCACAGGAGCAGUCCUGGCUCCUGGUUUUGUUACACAAUAAAAUGCCCUUUGCUUUAUUUGUUGUUAAGUAUUUCACAUGGUACCAUUUUGGCAACCUAUGAUCUUAAAAUUGUUGUUAUAUGAAGUGUUUGUUGCCUCUUUGGGUUUGACCAUUAUUUUUUCAGCAUGAAAGGCAAAGGGCAGCAAAAUUGCUGCAAGCCACUUGGCCAGUUUCUAGGGAAGGAACACCAGUUAUCAUAAAAUGACAUCUAAUCAAUCACUUUUAGUUCAAAUUAUAAAUAGCCAAUUGCAUUUUCAAAAAAGAAUAUUCAGAGUGAUUUUUACAUUUUAGAAUCCUAAUCUUGAAACAAGCAUAAACCUAAUUUUUUUUUCCGUAGCUACUCUAGUAUCUUAGCAAAUUCUAAAGGAGAAGAGUAGCUCAGACUGACAGCAGAUUUAAUUGUUUGGGAAAAAUUUUGAUUUUGGCAGUGUUAAAUUUGCAGUUGAACUUGAUCCAUUUAAAGUCUUUUGUACCCUAAAUAAGUCUGUGAUUGUAAGGCUUCAGUGAGACCAGAAUUUCCCUCCAGAGUUUUGUAACUCAGUUACUGAAUAAAGUCAGUCAUUUAAGAUAAAUUCUUGGCACUAAGGAGGAUUUCCUCAUUUCAUUCAACGUCAUGUGAAACAAGGCAAACCUAAUUUUUUUCCAUCAUAGUUUUAUAAAGACAGAUUGUGAAAUCGAGAAUAUUCAGAAAUACCACAAGAAUCACUUUUAUGCUUUGUUUCAUUUUAAAAUGAGCGGACCAGUGAAAUAUUUCCAAAAUUCCUCUUCUUUGUGUAGGGUUUGCUCAGGCCAUACCCAGCACAGGAACUCGCAGUAACUGUUCAGUAUGAAUACAUAGUAAUAAUUAAUAAUUUAUAAUUAAUAAUUAACGAGCUGUGCAGGACUGUGCUCCUCACAUGCAGCUGCUGCAGCUGCCCUUGGCCUGGCAGCAGCAAUGCAAGGCUGGGGUUCCCAGGGGGUAAAAAAGAGUGGGUUGGUGGAACACACUGGGAAUAAUGUGAAUAAUUCUUGCUGUUACGGAAUGUCUAGAACAAUGAAAAUGUCGUUGCUUUACGAUCCUCAUUCAGUUGGUAUUCAGUUAUUUAGUUUUGUAACUUGUGGUUAUAAAACUCAAAAGAUGCAAUGUCACCAAAUGGUCAACAUGUAAAUGUGUGCAGGAUGUGGCAAAAGUAGUGCUGAGGGCACAGCAGGAGAGUGAUCAUUCAAAAUAGAUGCUCAAAUUGUGUAUAUACUUGGAAAACUUUUGAUAGUGCUUUUCCAUUGAUUUUGCAUUUCAUGUUCUUGUAAAGUGCAUCUUUCAUACUUUUGAAGAUUGUCUACUUGUACUAUACUGUAUUAAGCCUUUUUUCAGGAUUUCCAUUAUUGCUGGAGCUUCCAACAUACAUGUUUCUUUCAAAAAAUGUUCUUACUGGUUUUGGUUUUUUUUUGUAAAUAGUGUUUUGUAUUAAAUUUGCAUGAAUGAAACCCACAUUUUCAAAACCAGUGUACAUACGCUGUGUAUAAAAUACAAACUGUUUCAUAAUUUUCAUGUAGUCAAGUUAUUCAAUUUGAUUUCAUUUCAGUUUUUAUAUUUGUAGUAAAUAAUGAGAAUUUGUUGUA